AAAAGCACAAAAAGAUGACUUCAAAAAGAAUCGUUGUUUCUCCACCACAGCUAAUCUCAUUCAUGAUCAUAUUCAUCAUCUUAGAAUCAACGAUGACGGCUGAUGCUAGAGAAUUACGACCGGCGGAUCACGGACUCGAGUACUACUACGAACCAGCGAAUCAGCAUCGGAAAUGACGUCCUUCUUCGGACCCCCUUCUUGGAAUGAGCUGGAUUCAUCAUCGUCGUCGUCGUCACCGUCUGGCUCCAUAUUGCCUAGUGCGGUGAAGUCUCCAGUGACGACGUCUUCAUCAAAAGACCAAGAUGAUGAUCACGUUGUGAAUCACGUCCUGGUUGUGGGGAGCUUCGUGUGCGGACUCACCGGUGUGGCUUUGAUGGUCGCUUCUGCCAUCAUUUAUUUUCGUGGACGCUACCCGAAAUCACAAAAUUCGUCUGUUACUUGUGAUCAUGAUGAUACUAAGUAG